GCAUGAAAAGCUCCGGCAGCUUCAGCUCCAUGUCGUCCCUUCUCAGUUUGCCUCUCACCCUUGCUUCAUACAUUUCUGUCGGAAUACCGUGAUUUUCUGUUUUCUUACCGUGACAGUGUCUUCUUCCUCUCCUCUUCGGCUGAUCAGGAUCAGGAUCUGGAUCUUUGCUGUUCAUGUCCAUGAGUCCAUCCAUGUCUGGUGAUUUUCACACAGGGGGAGGAUAAACAGCGUUUUACUGCGGGUAAAUCUGCAGAAUGUGGUGCUUGAAAAUAAAUGAUCGACACUGAAUGACAGGAUACAUGGAGACAUCACAAGACUGCGCCUGUGACAAACUUGUGCAAGGGAAACCUUCGGGAGGUCCCCGGAGAAGAUGGCAUUCUGGAGGAGAAAUAGUCACGUUGAGAAGGAACGCCAUGUGAAAGCCAAUGCACGGGACUACAAUGACAAGUUCUCUUAUGCUGACAAUCACAUUAAAACCUCAAAGUACAACGUCUUCACCUUCCUGCCCAUCAAUUUGUUUGAGCAGUUUCAGAGGGUGGCCAAUGCUUACUUUGUAGUCCUGUUGAUACUGCAGAUAAUUCCAGAAAUUUCCUCACUGUCCUGGUUCACAACCAUCGUGCCUUUGGUGUUGGUGCUGGCAAUCACGGCUGUAAAGGACGCCACAGAUGAUUAUUUCCGACAUAAGAGCGACCAGCAGGUCAACAACCGCCAGUCUCAGGUUCUCAUCAGGGGAAGUUUGCAGAAUGAGAAAUGGAUGAACGUUCGCGUGGGAGAUAUCAUCAAACUAGAGAAUAAUCAGUUUGUUGCUGCAGACAUCCUCCUCCUCUGUAGUAGCGAGCCAUACGGACUGUGCUAUAUUGAGACUGCAGAUCUAGAUGGAGAAACGAACCUGAAAGUCCGUCAGGCUUUGACCAUCACCUCAGAUUUAGGAGAUAUUGCAAAACUGAUGGACUUUGAUGGAGAAGUCAUUUGUGAACCACCAAACAACAAGCUGGACAAAUUUACAGGAACGUUAUACUGGAGAGACAAUAAGUACCCACUGGAUAAUGAAAAAAUGCUUCUGCGGGGUUGUGUACUCAGAAACACCGAAUGGUGUUUUGGAUUGGUUAUCUUUGCCGGGUUGCAAACUAAACUGAUGCAGAACUGUGGAAAGACUUCAUUUAAAAGAACAAGUAUUGACAAACUGAUGAACACUUUGGUUUUGUGGAUCUUUGCCUUCCUCAUUUGUAUGGGAGUUAUUCUGGCCAUUGGAAACACGAUCUGGGAGAGCCAGAUUGGCAGAAACUUCCAGGUAUUUUUGCCAUGGAACGAGUUUCAGAGAAGUGCUGUUUUCUCCGGCUUCCUCACAUUCUGGUCCUACAUCAUCAUCUUGAACACGGUGGUACCCAUCUCACUUUAUGUAAGUGUGGAGGUCCUGCGGCUCGGUCACAGUUACUUCAUUAACUGGGACCGGAAGAUGUACUACAGUCAGACGGACACAGCGGCAGAAGCUCGCACCACCACCCUGAACGAGGAGCUGGGCCAGGUGGAGUUCAUCUUCUCUGACAAGACGGGCACCCUCACCCAGAACAUCAUGGUCUUCAGCAAGUGCUCCAUUAAUGGAAAGACGUUUGGUGACAUCUAUAAUGAAUAUGACCAGAAGGUGGAAAUUACAGAAAAAACAGCCUGUGUGGACUUUUCCUUCAACCCCCUGUGUGACAGAAGGUUUAAGUUUUACGAUAGCAAUCUGGUUGAAGCCAUCAAACUGGAAGAUCUUGCAGUGCAGGAGUUUUUCAGACUGCUGGCUUUGUGCCACACCGUGAUGCCAGAGGAGAAGAGCGAAGGAAAUUUGGUGUACCAGGCACAGUCACCUGACGAGGGAGCCCUGGUCACCGCAGCACGAAACUUUGGGUUUGUCUUCCGGGCCCGAACUCCUGAGACCAUCACACUGUGUGAGAUGGGACGAGCUGUCACCUACCAGCUGCUGGCCAUACUGGACUUCAACAACGUGCGCAAGAGAAUGAGUGUCAUUGUGAGAAACCCAGAGGGCCAGAUUAAACUCUACUCAAAAGGAGCUGACACAAUCAUAUUUGACCGUCUGGAUCCGUCCAACGAAGACCUCAUGUACACUACCUCAGAACAUCUCAAUGAAUUUGCCGGAGAAGGGCUUCGAACAUUAGCUCUGGCCUACAAAGAUCUCGACGAAGAUGAUUUUGACGUUUGGAUGAAGAAGCUUCUGUUUGCUUCCACCGUAAUUGAGAACCGCGAGGAACAGCUGGCUGUUCUCUACGAGGAGAUCGAGCAGGGUUUGAAGCUUCUAGGAGCCACAGCAAUCGAGGACAAACUUCAGGAAGGCGUCCCAGAAACUAUUGCCUGUCUAAGUCUGGCUGACAUCAAGAUCUGGGUCCUCACAGGAGACAAACUAGAGACAGCGAUGAACAUCGGCUACUCCUGCAACAUGCUGCGAGAUGACAUGAAUGAGGUGUUUGUUAUCUCCAGCCACACAGUACAGGAGGUGCAGCAACAACUCAGGAGCGCUAAAGAGCACAUUCUCGGCCUGAGUCGAGUUAGCAGUACUGGAGAUGUUGAGAAGACAAAUAUGUUUGCGGUUGACUCUGUGUUUGAAGAAACCAUUAUUGCAGAGUAUGCCUUAGUCAUCAAUGGACACAGUUUGGCUCACGCUCUGGAGCCACAGCUGGAGCAUGUCUUGCUCGACCUGGCUUGUUUGUGUAAAACAGUCAUCUGCUGUCGCGUCACUCCGCUGCAAAAAGCCCAGGUGGUGGAGCUGGUGAAGAGGCACAAGGGGGCCGUUACCCUCGCUAUUGGAGACGGAGCCAAUGACGUCAGCAUGAUCAAGACUGCUCACAUUGGUGUCGGCAUCAGUGGUCAGGAGGGCAUGCAGGCUGUUCUGGCAUCAGAUUACUCCUUUGCUCAGUUUCGGUACCUGCAGCGGCUUUUGCUGGUGCAUGGACGCUGGUCCUACUUCCGCAUGUGUAAUUUCCUGUGCUACUUCUUCUACAAGAACUUUGCCUUCACGCUGGUACACUUCUGGUAUGGUUUCUUCUGUGGUUUCUCAGCUCAGACUGUGUAUGACCAGUGGUUCAUUACCCUCUUCAACAUAGUCUACACGUCUUUACCAGUUCUUGCGAUGGGACUUUUUGAUCAGGAUGUCAAUGAUCAGAACAGCCUUCGCUACCCGUGCCUGUACAAACCCGGCCAGCAAAACCUGCUGUUCAACAAGCGUCAGUUUUUCCUGUGCACGCUGCAGGGGAUAGGCACAUCGUUCCUGCUCUUCUUUAUUCCCUAUGGAGCCUUCUCUGUCAUGGUGAAAGAAGACGGCUCCCACUUUUCUGACCAACAAACGUUUGCCGUCACCAUAGCAACAUCCUUGGUCAUUGUCGUAAGUGUUCAGAUUGGACUUGACAAACACUAUUGGACAGCUGUCAAUCACCUCUUCAUAUGGGGCAGCCUGACAGUGUAUUUUGCCAUAUUAUUUGCAAUGCAAAGUAAUGGCAUAUUUGGCAUCUUUCCGAGUAAUUUCCCAUUUAUAGGCACGGCACGUAACUGUCUAUCAGAGAAGAGUGUGUGGCUGGUCAUUCUGCUCACCACUGUGGUGUGUGUGGUGCCUGGCUUAGUGGUCAGCUUCCUGAGAGCAGACCUCUUCCCAACUCUGACAGAUAAGGUUCGUCAUCUACAACAGUUGAGAAAGAGGGAAGGACCUCAAGAGCAGAACCUGAGGCGAGUACGCAGGACAAGCUCCCGUCGCUCUGCCUAUGCCUUCUCCCACCAACAGGGCUUCGGAGAGCUGAUUACCUCAGGCAAAAACAUGAGGAUGAACACAGUGCCUUCUGUUUCAUCUCCUGGACGAACACCACACAGCUCCACCUGGAUAGAAAAUGUGUUGAAGAGAAAAAACGAAGUCUCUUGUGCCAAUGAUGAAAGCACAGGAGGACCAGAAAACAGUGACAUAGCAAAACAGACUCCAAAGCAACAGCACACAGACUGACUAACAGAUACACACCUACCAUAAGCAUGGAUCACAUAGACAAAGCACAAGGAGUGUCCUUCAUUUGGGUGAAUUUAUGCUCAAAUCCAACAAAACGCAGACGUACCUCAGUUUUUUUUAUUCGUGUGACUCGUGGACUUUUGAAUGUUAAAGGCCCAACAAGACAUGAUUAUCUAGAGGUUUUUAAUCUUUAUUGUGCAAGAUAUUUAUUUAUUGUGCAAACUCAGCAACAGCAGGUAUAUUUUAAUAUAAUAUUAUGCAUGAGUUGCUAAAGUUAAAGGAAUAUUUGUCGUCCUGCGUCAACUGAUCUACUUCGAUCUUUGAAUCUUAAAGUGGCUGGUGCAUUGAUUCCAUAUUAUUUUGCUGAUUAAUAAAGACAGGUUGGGACAUUUCACUACCUUAACAGGAACCUUUAGCUGUCACAAGAAACCUACAAAUAUAUAAGUGACAUAAGCAAAAAUAAAGGGAGGCCGAGCACCAGUACAAAAAGCAGUAACGACUUCCAUCUGUAAAGCCUAUGCACUGAAACUCUCCUCAUCCAUGCUGAAUGCGAUGAUAAGCACAACUUAAUUAUUGAAUUACACACAAUGCCGUUGAACAAACCAGAAACCUCAAAUCAUUCUAAGUUCCCCCUGCGCUGUGCCUUGUAUGGUUCCUGUCAGCGAUAAUCCAUCUUUUCUGUCUGAUAUUCUUCUUUGGCUUGAGUUUAGUGAAACUUAAACGCAUGGCUUCAAUUUCGGAUAUCCUCAACUUUUAAAAUACUGACAUAUCCCUCACUUUAAAGUCUGUGUAAAGAAGAUUUCUUUCAAAAUACAUUAAACAUGUUGGAAAAUA